AGCCCUAAACUAUCAAGCCACGGACCUUGGGUUCCCCUCAAAGAGGGGAUCUACCCUGGCGAUUCGUGGCAUUCCGUGGCCAUGGAAUUGGAAAUGCCCAUGCUGGUUCUGUUGCUUUUGUUGAUCGUGCCUUUAAUGAUCGCUUGCACCUCCAUGUGGUUCUACCGCAAGCAGCUGCGCCGCCUUCUACCAGACUUGACCAAGCCUAAAGCCACCAAGCGGGAGCACUACCUUUUCAAGGUGCAAACCGAGGAGCAGCUCCGGAAGUCUGCGGCGGAAGCGGACGCAGCCGAAGGCGGUGGCGUCAGCGGUGGUGCCGUGAGGAGUUUGACCAUGAGGCCCGAUGAAGUUCCUCAACAGGAUCACAUGGAGUCUUUGGUUUUGGACGGUGAUCAGGUCUUGGAGAUGCGACGUUCAGCCAGUAAAACCUCCAUGGGUUCCAGCGUUCCCGGAGUGGUCAGAGUUGGCUCUCAGACCAGCAGUGGUGAGAAUGAGAUGACUGCGGAAGCUCGGACUUUGCCAAGAGCUGGUUCAAAGCAAAGUGUGGGAAGCAAAAGGAGGGGGAGAAGCACCAGUAAACAAAGCCGAGCUGGUAGCAAGGCCAGCAGCAGUCGGCCAGAACCUCAACAUCCUCAACUGCAACGGUCCCUGAGCGAGUCUGAAGCUGAGAUUUCACAUGGACGCCGGACACUGGGAGAAGAAUUGGCCUUCCGAGGUGAUGACACCUGGGCCUCCACCCACUCUCAGCUCUUCGGUAGCAACCUGACGGUACCGGGCGCUGUGCCCGCUUCGUCCGUGGACCGGAAGAAGUCACCCAGGCGCCAGGGGUCCAAGGGUUCCAAGAGUUCCACCAACCGAGAGCUUUGAGGUUUGGAGAAGGUGGAAGAGGCUUGGGAUGUCUAUUGUGGCUCCGGAUGUCAAAGUUGCACCCGCAACUAAUAAAGCGAUGAUUAAUGAUACGAUCAUAUACUGAUAUAUCAUGUUUGUUUGUCGCAUGUCGUUGGAACUUGGGGUGUUCAGCUCAUUUGUAUCGAGAACUUGAAACACUGUGAGCCAGUCCUUCGAGGGACACGCUUUGGUCUCUAAGUGGAUCUUGAGCUGGGUCGUCAGACCGAGAGUGUCUCACGUUGGCCAAGCGAAGAGCUGAAGAGCCAGCAGACACAGCUUCUAGAUGGAGGACACGC